GGCUAGCAGUGGCGAAGGCGGCUGUAGCGGCAGCAUGAAGCGGACCCCGACCGCCGAGGAACGAGAGCGCGAAGCUAAGAAACUGAGGCUUCUUGAAGAGCUCGAAGAUACUUGGCUUCCUUAUCUGACCCCCAAGGAUGAUGAAUUCUAUCAGCAGUGGCAGCUGAAAUACCCGAAACUGAUUCUCCGCGAAGCCGGCAGCGUACCCGAGGAGCUCCAUAAGGAGGUGCAAGAAGCCUUCCUCACGCUGCACAAGCAUGGCUGCUUCUUCCGGGACCUGGUCAGGAUCCAAGGCAAGGAUUUGCUCACCCCAGUCUCUCGCAUCCUCAUCGGCAACCCAGGCUGCACCUACAAGUACCUCAACACCAGGCUCUUUACGGUGCCCUGGCCGGUGAAGGGCUCUAGUCCGAAGUACGAUGAGGCGGGUAUUGCUGCUGCCUGUCAGACCUUCCUCAAGCUCAACGACUACCUGCAGACAGAGACCAGCCAGGCUUUGGAGGAACUCGCUUGCAAAGAGAAAGCUAAUAUCGAUGCCGUGCCGGUGUGUAUAGGUCCAGAUUUCCCCAGGGUCGGGCUGGGGUCCUUUGACGGGCAAGACGAGCUGGACAUUAAGAACAGAGCCGCAUACAACGUCACUCUGUUGAAUUUCAUGGAUCCCCAGAAAAUGCCGUACCUGAAGGAGGAGCCUUAUUUUGGCAUGGGGAAAAUGGCCGUGAGCUGGCAUCACGAUGAAAAUCUGGUGGAACGGUCGGCGGUGGCCGUGUACAGUUAUAGCUGUGAAGGCCCAGAAGAGGAAAGUGAGGAUGACCCUCAGCUCGAAGGCAGAGACCCUGAUACUUGGCAUGUCGGUUUUAAGAUCUCGUGGGACAUAGAGACUCCUGGCUUGGCAAUACCCCUUCACCAAGGAGACUGCUACUUCAUGCUUGAUGAUCUCAAUGCCACCCACCAACACUGUGUUUUGGCUGGUUUACCACCUCGGUUUAGUUCUACCCACCGAGUGGCAGAGUGCUCGACCGGAACCUUGGAUUAUAUCUUAGAGCGCUGCCAGCUGGCUCUGCAGAAUGUCCGUAAUGAGGUGGACGGUGGUGAUGUUUCUUUGAAAUCCUUCGAGCCUGCAGUUCUGAAACAAGGAGAAGAAAUCCACAACGAGGUCGAGUUCGAGUGGCUGAGACAGUAUUGGUUUCAAGGCAAUCGAUACAGAAAGUGCACUGAUUGGUGGUGUCAACCCAUGACUCAACUGGAAGGACUGUGGAAGAAGAUGGAAGGCGUGACAAAUGCUGUGCUUCAUGAAGUUAGAAGAGAGGGGGUCCCCGUGGAACAAAGGAAUGAACUCCUGACUGCCAUCCUUGCCUUGCUCACCACACGUCAAAACUUGAGGAGGGAGUGGCACACCAGGUGCCAGUCCCGAAUUGCCCGAACCUUACCUGUGGAUCAGAAGCCAGAAUGUCGACCAUAUUGGGAAAAGGAUGAUCCUUCGAUGCCUCUGCCAUUCGAUCUCACAGACAUCGUUUCAGAACUCAGAAGUCUGCUUCUGGAAGGAAAACCCUAGAAGGAGCACAAGUCUUAGGUGGAGGAGGAAAAGAGAUUUUUGACUUCCUUCCUCCAACCUUGCCGUGGGCUUGGGCAAGGGCAGUAUGGGUAGACCUUGACCUUUAGAUCACAGAACCUGGGUCCCCUUAGAAAGAGUAGGCAAUGGAGCCCAUGAAUGUUAAAAUGUUUAAAAAUGGCACAGUGUUAUAAUCUGAUUUGGUACGAAACAAGAACCUGCCCCCAAAAUACUAUUCCCCAUUUGGAUUUUUCAUGGGAGCCAUUCAGCUCCCAAAGGCCAAGGUGGCAGGGGUGGGCCGUCUCUGGCAGAUCCCAGCCUACUUUCCACCUUCCCCAGUCUUUUCAGAAACUCUAGAGUAGAAGACUCUAAAGUCAUCCGAGGGGGAAGACAGAACCUAGAUACCAUUCCCCCCCCAAUUUCUCACCACGCCCUCUAGAGGCUGUGCUGUCCAAUAUGGUAGCCCUUAGCUGGGUGUGGCUUCUUAAAUCCAGUUUCAAUUGUAAUUAAAAAUCCCGUGCCUCAGCUG